UGGCGUUUACAGCCAAGUCGAUCUACAAUUUAGCCGCUAGAAUUUUAAAGAUGGCUGCGCGCAUCGUGCGCACGAGUGUCUGUAGCUGCGUUCGCCUUCAAGCGACUCUCGCAAGCUCGGUGCAUUCCCGGUGUCUCGCGACGUCGCGAGCCCUCUUGGUUCGAGGAACGAAGCUAAGCGUCGAGCGAGAGGACCGCCAGGACGAACAGUGUGCGGACGAUGACUUCUACGGCAUCUCGAGCGACCGCGGCGUCGUCACGGUAGACAACCCGCUCGGCGACCGGCACGAACGACUCCGCCGCUUCUCGCACCUGACUCGCAGUCGAAAUGCGAGGGUCUCGGACGAAAACGUUUUAGUGGCCAAUUAUGGCACGAUUCGCUAUGACAGUGACAACAAGGCGAAGUACCACGGUCAGUUUGAGGACGACACGCUGUUGGACGACUUCGUCUUGGACAUUUACGGGAGGGACGCCGACGGCGAACAGAAAGGCAGUCGGGUGGCUCCUGUUAAGGGUUCGAAUGAAUCGGAGCGACAGAACCAGCAGGAAGGAAGCGUUUCAGCUAGGAAGGCAGCGAGAAAGAAAAAGAAAUCUGUUGACAGCGUCGAAGGCGCGAUACCGGUUGGCUCUGAGCGGCAAGACGUUAAUUUGGUGAACGCAACGGUGAAGUUAUCUCAGGGAGUUGCACGAACGUCUCUUCCGCAAUCUGCACCCGUUGACGAUCGACGUGUCGUCGAAAAUUCUGGUUCCAAGUCCGAAGGAGUAGUAGUGUCCAGGAGAGAAUCGCUCGAAACCGUAUGCGAAGCACUCAAUACUGAACAGAAUAAUAAUAUGCAGGUUAAUGACCGCCUGGAAAGCGUUGUAGGAAGGCUUUCGCCUGCAGAAGACACUGCAGCGCAAACACCUAGAAGCGCCAAACACUUUUCGGAGCAGGGCGACGAAGGGUUGAGCGAUAGUGGCGUCUCGUCACCUGCUACAAGCACUUUCGAGAGCUUUGUAACGUCUGUAAGGACAAGCGAGGACUUAAAAAGUUCAGUGUCUGAAACUAGAGCGACAAAGCCGAGGUCAAAGGCCAGGCGCGAAAGUGAUGACACGAUAAAGGCGGAAGAUGCUUUCCAAAACACUGUUGUAGAACUCCGUCAGGAACCGUUGUCUUUCGCCGAGGAAAGUUCUGUGGCCUCCCAAGACAGCAAAAAAACCAAGAAAAAGAAAGCAAAGGAGGCAAAAACGGAUGACGAAAAAAUAGACUCCUCAAGUAUCAGUGGGGAACACAAUCCAACAGCUUUCGAGUACCUCCGCAAGCCACAGCAGUUCCACCUCAAGCUUGACAGCAAGGGGUUCCUCAUCCUCAAGUCGGAGGUCAGGCCUAACUUGACCACCAUGCUCCGGUCUGAAGUGGUAGAUCUAUUGAGGCAGCGUGUUCUCUAUGAUGGUAAUGACAUACUUAUCCUGGACAAGCCAUACGGCAUGAUCUGCCAUGGAUCUGCAAAAGGUGUCCCCGACGCUCACGUGCUGGUUCGCCUGCUACCAGACCUGUCAUCUGCUCUCUACCCUCAAAAGGAUGUCAAGCUGUACACUGUGCAUCGUCUCGACCGUGAUGUCACGGGCACCAUCGUGUUGGCCAAGACGCAGCAGAUGGCAGACGUGUUGCAGACACUGUUUGAGGAGCGCAACGUCAUAAAGACCUACCAGGCCAUCACAUUCGGGGUACCUGACAACGAACAAGCGACAAUUGACAUGCCUUUGGCUGAAGGAUCCGUUGGCUCUGCUAAACGGAUGGUCAUCUGCCCGAAACUGGAGCCAGAUUUCCAGCGACUGGUGCCAAAGUUCUCAAAGACUUACGAGGCCGUCACGCACUAUCGCGUGUUGAGAUCCCAUGGCAGAGCUGCCUACCUCGAACUGAAGCCUGUGACCGGUGUCAAACACCAGAUCCGGGUGCACCUGGGGUUUGGUCUCCGCUGUCCGAUCCUGGGAGACCACAAGUACUCGCACCUGAGACACCUAGGUCCACAGAAACUUUCCGGAGACAUAUUGAACAGGUUGAAUGUCCGACAGACCAAAGCGAGGCACAUCCCUAUGCACCUUCACUCCAGUUCAGUCCUGAUUCCCGAGAUCUUGGAUGGCAGGAAUUUAUUUGUCGCAGCAAAACUUCCGUACCAUUUUGUGCAGAACUUGAAGCGACUCAAUCUCCACAGACAUAAUUAACUAAUCGACCCCUUUUAUUGUAUAUACGUACAUCUAGUUUUGUUUAUCGGUAUGUAGGAGCACAGUAGUAAUAAAUUACUCAAAAUAUUCGUCUAACGUAGUGGCUAAGGUAGAGUCACAAGGCUUGUUGCUACAUGCAAGCAGAAGCAGCUAGCUGUUUGUGGCACUGUCAUCCCAAGGCAUUUGACUGUUGCUUUGGCUCUUCAUCUUUCAUUUGUUAUAUUAAAUUUUCUCAAUAAAAUAAUUGUUUUUGUCA